CGGUCAUGUCAGUCAGCUUGAUCGAGUCCAUGGAUACGGGAAGAGGGGAAGGCAGCAACUUUACUCCUGCAUUUUGACAACUACAUACUUUUCUCUCAUUUUACCGAAGCGUUUCAGCCCUUAUUAAAACUCAAUUAUAAGUGGUAGUCGUCUAUUAUUUAUACUUGAUUUUUACGUGGAGGAAGAGAAGAUAGGUGCUUUUUCCAACUCUACGUGAAUUAUGGGGACAGACCGACAAACACCUGCCGUGAUCAGGCGCGGCUAACACUAGCUAACACUAGCCGUCAGAGGAGUUCAAAAGUACAAACCAGCAUAAUAGGGCGACAUGGAGUGCUGACAGGACACAGGGAAACUGGAUUGUAAAACUUGAUGGGAAUAUCUUCAUAUUAAGUCGGAAAUAUUUCACCUCUCUCGUGCUGAUGUGACUAGUUUAGGUGUGGGCUGCUGUAUUUGGGAUCAUGUCUGUAACUGAACUCUACUCUAAGUACACCCGGGUUUGGAUUCCUGACCCGGAUGAGGUCUGGAGGUCUGCUGAAAUCAUCAAGGAUUAUAAGGAGGGAGACACAGUGCUGCAUCUCAAAUUAGAAGAUGAAUCGACGUUAGAAUAUCCAAUUGGUUCCAAAGACAAUCCGCUUCCAUUUCUCCGGAAUCCCGAUAUCCUGGUAGGAGAGAAUGACCUCACGGCUCUCAGUUACCUCCAUGAGCCUGCUGUGCUCCACAACCUCAAGGUCCGCUUCCUCGAGUCCAACCACAUCUACACCUAUUGUGGGAUUGUUCUGGUGGCCAUCAACCCGUACGAGCAGCUACAUAUCUAUGGAGAAGAAGUCAUCAAUGCAUACAGCGGGCAGAACAUGGGGGACAUGGACCCUCAUAUAUUUGCGGUGGCCGAGGAAGCUUUUAAACAGAUGGCCAGAGAUGAGAAGAACCAGUCCAUAAUUGUGAGCGGUGAGUCGGGAGCUGGUAAAACCGUUUCGGCAAAGUAUGCCAUGCGCUUCUUCGCCACAGUGGGAGGAUCAGCAAAUGACACCAAUGUUGAAGAGAAAGUUUUGGCUUCCAGUCCCAUUAUGGAGGCCAUUGGAAAUGCAAAAACAACCCGUAAUGACAACAGCAGCCGUUUUGGGAAAUACAUCCAGAUCGGCUUUGACAGGAGAUAUCAUAUUAUUGGUGCCAAUAUGAGAACGUACCUGCUUGAGAAGUCCAGAGUAGUGUUUCAGGCUGAAGAGGAGAGGAACUACCACAUCUUCUACCAGCUCUGUGCUUCAUGCUCUCUGCCAGAGUUUAAGGAUCUUACCUUGACCAGUGCAGAAGACUUCACUUACACGUCUCUCGGUGAGAACAUUUUCAUUGAGGGAGUGAAUGAUGCCGAGGACCUUGUGAAGACGAGAGAAGCUCUUACGAUGCUUGGUGUAAAAGAAAACCACCAAAUGAGCAUCUUUAAGAUAAUUGCCUCCAUUUUGCACCUGGGGAACGUGGAGAUUGUGCAGGAGAGAGAUGGAGAAUCCUGCCAUAUCAAUAGGAACGACACUCAUCUGCAUCAUUUCUGUCGGCUGUUGGGGAUUGAGCAGGAGCAGAUGGAGAACUGGCUAUGCCGCAGGAAACUGGUGACCACUUCUGAAACUUAUGUGAAAAACAUGCCCCACAGCCAGGCAGUCAAUGCCCGAGAUGCCUUGGCCAAACACAUCUAUGCCCAUCUGUUUGACUGGAUCGUGGAGCACAUCAACAAGUCCCUGCAUACUUCCACUAAACAGCACUCAUUCAUCGGGGUUCUGGAUAUCUAUGGGUUUGAAACAUUUGAGAUCAACAGCUUUGAGCAGUUCUGUAUUAACUACGCCAAUGAGAAGCUACAGCAGCAAUUCAACUCGCAUGUGUUUAAGCUGGAGCAAGAAGAGUACAUGAAGGAGCAGAUCCCCUGGACACUCAUUGAUUUCUAUGAUAACCAGCCGUGCAUUGACCUCAUUGAAGCCAAACUCGGUAUCCUGGACCUUCUUGAUGAAGAGUGUAAGGUGCCCAAAGGAACAGAUCAGAACUGGGCGCAAAAGCUGUACAGCAAGCAUUCAGGCAGCGGCCAUUUCGAAAAGCCCAGGAUGUCCAACAAGUCCUUUAUUGUUGUUCAUUUUGCAGAUAAGGUUGAAUAUCAGUGUGACGGAUUCCUGGAGAAGAACAGAGACACUGUUUAUGAAGAGCAGAUAAACAUCCUCAAGGCCAGUAAGUUCCAGUUGGUUGCAGAUCUCUUUGACGAUGCUAAAGAUGCUGCCCCUCAUCCAGGCAGCAAAACCUCCAGAAUCAAUGUUCGGCCUGCCAAACCCGCUCCGAAAGGUCACAACCGGGAGCACAGGAAAACUGUGGGCACUCAGUUCAGAAACUCUCUGCAUCUUCUGAUGGAGACACUCAACGCAACCACCCCUCAUUAUGUUCGCUGCAUUAAGCCCAAUGAUUAUAAGGAAUCCUUUGUGUUUGAUUCUAGAAGAGCUGUUCAGCAACUAAGAGCAUGUGGUGUUCUGGAGACCAUUCGCAUUAGCGCCGCCGGCUAUCCAUCACGAUGGACAUAUCCAGAUUUCUUCAGCAGAUAUCGAGUGCUCAUGACAAAGAAGGAUCUGUCAGUCGGAGACAAGAAGCAGGUCUGUAAGAACCUGCUGGAGAUCUUGAUCAAGGAUCCAGAUAAGUUCCAGUUUGGAAAGACUAAGAUCUUCUUCAGGGCGGGUCAGGUGGCCUAUCUGGAGAAGCUCAGAGCCGAUAAGUUCCGCUUCGCCUGUAUUAAGAUCCAGAAGACUGUGCGAGGAUGGCUGCAGAGGAUUCGGUAUCGCAAGAUUCGCAAGUCUGCCAUCACUUUACAAAGAUACGGCCGGGGUUACUUGGCACGCAGGUACGCAGAGAUGCUUCGCCUGACCCGAGCAGCAGUCAUUUGUCAGAAGCAGUACCGCAUGGUACAGGUUCGCCGGGAGUAUCUGAGGGUCCGUCGGGCUGUAAUCACCAUUCAAGCAUUCACCCGAGGCAUGUUCAUACGCAGGUUAUAUCAGGAGUUCCUGCUCCAUCACAAAGCCAUGAUCAUACAGAAGACUGUCCGUGGUUGGCUUGUAAGAAAGAAGUAUCAGCGUUCCCGAUACGCUGCCAUCGUCAUUCAGUGUUUCUAUCGCCGCGUACGUGCCAAGCGGCAGCUCAAACAGCUCAAGAUAGAGGCCCGUUCAGCCGAACACUUUAAAAAACUCAAUGUCGGAAUGGAGAACAAGAUCGUGCAGCUCCAGAAGAAGAUGGACAACCAGUCAAAAGAGUUAAAAUCUCAGAACGAAAAUCUGGCUGUUGCUAAAACUGUUCUGGAGACAGAGGUUAGUAAGCUGAGCAAAGAGCUGGAGACCCUCCGCACUCGACAGGUGGCUGGCACUCAGAUGACAUCACUGCAGGAAGAGCUGGAGAAACUGAGGGCGGAGCUUCAGGAAGCACAUGCCCACAAGAAACUUUUGGAGGAGGAGUUCAGCAACGAGAAGCAAGGACUCGAACAGAGGGUGGAGGAGCUUGAGAAAGAAAACACAGUCUUGAAGAAGGAAAAAGAAGAGAUGAACCGCAGAAUCCAAACCUCUACUCAGGAUCAGGGAGGUGAUGUGUCUCAGAAGGAGAGUCGCCUGCAGCAUGAACUGGAUGACGAGAGACAACGAUAUCAGAACCUGGUGAAAGAAUAUUCCCGACUGGAGCAGAGAUACGAAAACCUGCAGGAGGACAUGUCUUCAAUGAAGUUUCAUCCUGGGCAUCGGAGAAACCCAUCUAACCAGAGCAGCUUGGGUUCAGACUCCAACUAUCCCUCAAUUAGCUUGUCAGAGGUGGGGGACACUGAUGACACCAUCCAGCAGGUGGAGGAGAUGGGCAUAGAGAAGGCUGCCAUGGACCUCAGCGUUUUCAUGAAGUUACAGAAACGUGUACGAGAGCUGGAGCAGGAGAGGAAGCGGCUGCAGACCAAUCUAGAUAAAGUAGAGGAACUGAGCAAACGCAAGGGAAGCGAGGCCAAGAACUCAACGUCAGAGGACGAUAUAAACGCAGACCUGGCCUACAACAGUCUGAAGCGGCAAGAGCUCGAAACAGAGAAUAAGAAGUUGAAGAAUGACCUUAAUGAGUUAAGGAAAGCAGUGGCCGACAGGGCCUCUGAGAACAACUCAUCCAAUGAGCUUCAAGAUGGCUACAACCUGCUGCUCAGUCAGCUCAAAGCGGCCAAUGAGGAGCUGGAUGUGCGCAAGGAGGAGGUCCUGAUGCUCAAGACCCAGAUCGUCAACUCAACAAGACAGACAGAAAACUUAAACCACAUCAAUUCCAACGAUGUGUCUGAGUGGACCGACAACAAGAGCCCUGUGAACACGGAGGACCGCGUGGAUGCGCCUGCAUCAAAGAAUAAAGCUCAAGACUGGGGUUAUUUGAAUGAAGAUGGCGAGCUAGGCCUGGCCUACCAGGGUCUAAAGCAGGUUGCCAGACUGCUGGAGACCCAACUGCAGACCCAGACUCGACAGCACAGGGAUGAGUUGGAAGCCCUUCACACACAGAUCGAGCUCCUGAAGGACAAUCUGGAGAAGAAGCAGGACAUGCUGGACCACUUCUCCACACUUUCUCCUGAUGCUCUGGUGGAGUUCAGCGUGCAACAGGAGAUCACACGCCUCACCAAUGAAAACCUGGACCUAAAGGAACUCGUUGAGAAGUUGGAAAAGAAUGAGAAGAAGCUGAAGAAGCAGUUGAGGAUCUAUAUGAAGAAAGUGCAAGAGCUGGAAGUGACUCAGGCCACUAAAAGCAGACCGGAGCUCACUCGUCAGUUCACUGUCCAGAGAAGAGAGAAGGACUUUGAAGGCAUGCUGGAGUACUAUAAAGAAGAUGAGGCCUUGCUGGUCAAGACUUUAGUUACAGACAUGAAGCCCAACGCUGUGUCCGCCACUGUCCCCUGCCUCCCCGCAUACAUCCUCUUCAUGUGCAUCCGUCACGCCGACUACAUCAAUGAUGACCAGAAAGUUCAUUCACUACUGACCGCUACCAUCAACGCCAUCAAAAAAGUGCUGAAGAAAAACAACGAUGACUUUGAGAUGACCUCCUUUUGGCUGGCAAAUGCAAGUCGACUUUUACACUGUCUGAAGCAGUACAGCGGCGAUGAGGCGUUCAUGACCCAGAACUCUGCCAAGCAGAACGAGCACUGCCUGAAGAACUUUGACCUGGCGGAGUACCGACAGGUUCUGAGUGACCUCUCCAUCCAAAUCUAUCAGCAGCUUGUGAAAGUUGCCGAGGCCAACAUGCAGCCCAUGAUCGUGUCUGCCAUGCUUGAGAGCGAGAGCAUCCCCAGCCUGGCCGGAGUGAAGCCCAUGGGUUACAGGAACCGCUCCUCUAGUGUGGACUGUGAGAGUGGAGGUCCCGCAGGAUACACGCUUCAGGCACUGAUCAAACAGCUGGCUCAGUUUUACUCUACCAUGGCGGACCACGGCCUGGACCCUGAGAUCAGCCAGCAGGUGCUUCGCCAGCUCUUCUACUCCAUCAACGCAGUGACCCUCAACAACCUGCUGCUGCGCAAGGACGUCUGCUCCUGGAGCACCGGCAUGCAGCUCAGGUACAACAUCAGUCAGCUGGAGGAGUGGCUAAGAGGGAAGAACCUGCACCAGUGUGGAGCUGUGGCCACUAUGGAGCCGGUCAUUCAGGCCGCGCAGCUGCUGCAGGUGAAGAAGAAGACAUCACAGGACGCUGAAGCCAUCUGCUCGCUCUGCACUGCACUCAGUUUACAGCAGAUUGUGAAGAUUCUGAACUUGUACACACCACUCAAUGAGUUUGAGGAGCGAGUCACUGUUUCCUUCAUAAGAGACAUACAGAAUCGCCUCCAAGAUCGAAUAGAAAACAACCAACUGCUGGCGGACACGAAAUACACCUUCCCCGUGCUCUUCCCGUACACUCCUUCCAACCUCAGCCUGGAAACCAUCCACAUCCCAGCCUCCCUCAGCCUGGACUUCCUGACGCGGGUCUGACAUCUCCGUCUCUCUGUCUAACACUGAGCUCCGGCACAAUCAAACCUGCAGAAACCAGAGCUGGCCGGACGCAGAUCUGCUAAUAUAACCCACAUACUAACACCACCAAUUCGACCUGUGGGUACUUUAACCAGAUGAACCGUCUUCUCCCUGACCGACUAACUGUGGUGUUGAAGUCUGAUGAACUAUGCGGUGUAAAUAAGCUGUCUGCCUUUUCACUCACUCCCUGAACAAAGUGAAAACGCUGUAUUUUGGAUGGGGAUGCGUUUGACUAAUACUUAUGAUUAAAUGGAAAUGAAAAUACGAGGGUUUUUGGGCUACUGACACUAAACACUAAUACCAGAGUGUGUGUUCGUCAUGUAUCUGUGUUAGUAUGCACUGAUUUCUGUGUGUUUGUAAUGGAAAAGUGUAUUUUAUUUUUCUUUGCUUGUGCUGGAGUUUCAUCUCAGAAAACAUGGACUCCUACUGAAGCAGCGCCGCCAUCUUGUUUUUUAUUUUCUAGGAGAACUUUUAAAAUGGGCUCCAGAGAUUCAUUUCCACAGAAGACGCUGGAAAUCUCUGCAUUGCAAUGGCUGUUUCCACUGUGACCAAUCUGGAUUUGCUCUGAACAUGGUGUUUUCAUGUUUUUCCCAUGUGUUGAAGAAUCUGAUGCAGAGACUCGGGGCCCUGAAACACAGAGCCAAAGGGAUAGGGCAGAUAGUGAAAGUGUCAUUGAAAAGCGGAAGUAUGUGAAGCAGAGAGACUCAGGACGUCGAGAGGAGUUUGAGCUGGGAUAUUUAAUAUGCUGUGGAAAUCAAUAAUGGUGGGAUUGUCGUCUGUCGGUGGAAUCUAGAAUGUGCUGCAACCACAAUUUUUAAAAGAUAUCUAAUAGACGUCUAAUAGACAUCUUAACAAAGUCGUCUUGGCUAAAACAAGGAUAAAUUUGCGCUGUUAUACACCUCUAAGAAUAGGCCAAAACUAGACUAGUCAUCAAAUAAACAGAAAUGAAUGACUGCACAUAUAAAGUCUGUCUAAUCUGUCAACUUGACAACAAUAGUUU